AUGUCUACAGAAAGCAUAGCACUUGGAACCCCUAUAUUUGCAUUAUCCAAUCCAAUGAUGUCUCAUGCAAUUCCCAUGAAAAAUACGGAUAUUUUUACGCUUUUAGAAAACUCCAGUGAAACGAGUCUUAUUAGUGUUAAUUCCCUUAGUAAUAAUUCUUUUAAUACACCGGCGGUAAAAACCGGUCCACUUUUCUCGCACAAACCACGAGUUGAGAUAAAGGUGGAUUUACCGAGUGAUGAUGAAAACGACGAUGACUUGUCAAGUCCAGUCUUGGUAGCACGUCGACAAGCUGAAAUCGAGGCGAUUUCACAAGUUGAGACUGAUGCAGACGAAUCGCAUAUAGAAGAAAAUUUGACGAAUCGAAAAGAGCCGAAUCACAUGAUAAUGAAGCAUAUUUGGAAAUCGAAUUAUUCAGCUCCUAUUAAAAUGCAACUAUUCGAAGGCGGAUUAAAAGUUUUAGAUGUUGGAUGUGGAACAGGAAUAUGGUUAGAUGAAAUGGCCGCCGAAAAUCCCAGAUCGACAUUCACCGGGAUGGAUGUUAAUUCAUCACUCUUUAAAUUAGAAAAUAAAAAUGGGAAUGCCGGAUUUUUUGUAUAUAACCUUUUGGAUGGCUUGCCUUUUGGGGAUAACACAUUUGACUACAUUCAUCAAUCAUUUCUAAAUCUUUACUUGACCGAAAAACAAUGGAAAGAAACGGUAAUCAAAGAGUUGGUUCGUGUAUGUAAACCUGGUGGCUAUAUUGAGCUUAUCGAAAGUGAUCUUCAGUAUAUUAAUGCUGGUGAAACGACACAUAAUUUAAAUCGAUCCUUUCGUUCAGCAUAUAAACGACGAGGUAUAAAUCCAGUAAUGUGCGGUCAUCUUAUACGGUUACUUGAAGAAACAAACGUUAUGACUAAUGUCACAAUAGAAGAGCGACAUAUUCCAUUAGGUAGCCGGAAAGGAUCAAUUAGUAAAAUGGCAACUGAAGGAAUAAUUAAAUCACUAUAUUCUGCUCGAAAUGUUCUUUCUCGUCUAAUGAAAAUCACUCCCGAAGAAUACGACAAAUUAUGCAAAACGAUUGGUGAAGAGUACGACGAAAAUAAAACAAAGAUACCAACAUGUCGUAUUUUGGGACAAAAAAUCUCGGAUAAUCAUGCAAUAUAA